CGUGGCCCAUUGAGUCAGUCGCGGCAGACUGGACGAUUAAUUAUUUUUCAAUUGCUUUCAGCUGAGCCUUGUUGGUAGGCUGGGCUGCCCACUUCCCAGAUGGAACUGCAGCAGGUUAUUCGAAGUUUGCUUGGGUGGGACAAUGAAUAAAUAACGGGAGGACUAGCAUGAUUUUUGAUGUUCUCUUUGUAGAACUGUAGGGUACGAAUUGGUCUACAGAGAAUGAUUUCCACUGUUUGAACCAGAAUCGAAUACAAGAAAUGAGGUGGCAGUUUUUUCCCAAAAUGAACUCUCUACUUCCCAUAUUUGUGAUUCUAGCUGAAUGGUUACCUGUCAAGUCUACUGCUUCACCGAACAAGUCGGAGAUUCAAGGAGCUAAGCUUCCUUUGCACCUUUUCGGAAAACAUCUAACUGGAGCUGAGGGCUUUAUUAAUGAAAUGAGUUACUCUUUGAAGAGCAGUGGACUUGAUGGUCAAAUUUUGUACUCUCCUAGUAUGAAUGUACAAAACGUGACAAAGUUUGUAUCUACACAUACUCUGGAAAAUGGGACAAAUUCAGGCUCAUCCUCUGAACACUUUCUACCAGUCUCUCCCACUGAAGAUGAGAGAGUUUCUCUCAAAGUGGCCCCGUCUGAGCUUAAAUUUGCAACACAGCAAGAGGUUAAAUCUGAAGGAUAUCCUAUACUUGAUACAACAGACAGCUCGCAAAAUGUACCUACUCUAAACAGCAUACGUAUUUCACAUACAGAGUUGUCGCUCACUGGAUCUUUAGAAUUUAGCACUGGGAAACGAGUAUCAUUUGAACUUGUUGAAACAAGGCAACCUAUACCAUCCACAACAGCAUCUAGUUCACUUGGUUCAGAGCCAGCCUAUAUAGCGCACACAAAAGCUAAUACAGUUGGCUGGGACUCCAGUUUAGAACAACACUCUACAUCCCUGCAGUCUGGUAAUCCUGAGCCAUUCAAUAGCUCCAGGAGCUGGCAAAUGCUAGAUGUUUCCAAAGGUGAAUUGUCAUCUUCAGUUUCCAUCAGCAGGUCCCCAAGAAAAUCUGACACAAACACAAUGGCCUCUUUUGUUUCCAUUACUCAGGCUCCAGAUGUUCAUGAACCAAACACCAUGGCUGCAUCAGAUUCUUUCCAUGGACUUGCAGAUGUGUCUGUGUCCUCCAAAGAAUCUACUUCAACUAGCCAAGCACGGGAUGUUUCCCUUGCACACUUGGUGGCUUUGUCUCUUUCUCCCACUAGGUUGUCAGGUGUUUCUGAGGAAAAUAUUACACCUGUUUCCAACACACCAGCACCAGAUGUGUCUUGCCUGUUCUCCAUCAGUCAGACUCCAGAUGAUUCUCCAAACUCCAUGCCUGCAUCAGUUUCAGCAGACAGGUUAGCAGAUCCUUCUGAAAAUGCAAAUGAUUCAACUGUUUCUAUUCAUAUUCCAGAUGUAACUGUGGCACACUCAACAAAUCCAUCUUGCAGGGAUGAGACCAUGAAUGGAAUGGAGUUGUUCUCUACCUUUCAAACUCCAGAUAUUUCAGAAUCCUCCAUGGCAACUUCAGUUUUGCUACAGUGGGCGGCAGUUGAUCCUGAAUACUCAGUUUCACUGGUUGCUGAGAGUCCAGCAGUUUCCACCCUGGUUCCUGAUGCUGCUGCAUUCACCACAAGUGCAUUGGUUUUGGAGCGGUCAUCUGACAUUUCUGAAUGUGCAACUGCCUUGUCUGUAUCUGAGCAGGAUCCAGAUAUUUCUGACACCUACUCAACAGCUCCCUCUGUUUAUAGUGGUCAUUCUUUGACUGAUCCAUACUCUACUGGUCAAACUCCAGAUGUUUUUCCAUACUCCAUGAUUGCACCUUCAAUGGAGUGGCUGCCAGAUGUUUCUGAAUACUCAACAGCUGCUUCCUCUGUCACUAACCUGAUUCCAGGUGUUUCUGCAGACUCCAUAUCUAUUCUUACUACCAAUGAGAUGGUGUCUGUAGCCACAAGCAAAACUCCAGAUGUUUCAGAUGCGUACUCUGCAGCUGCUUCUCGUGAUUCCACUCAAUGGCUACCAGAAGAUUGGGACUACUCCACAGCUUCAUUUGUAACUAGUUGGUUGGCUGGUAACUCCAAAGCAGAAACAUCCAUGGCGUUACCCCAAGCAGAGCAAACUACUUUGAGGGAAGCUAGCUCGACUGAGUUAACUAGUUCUGGGGAGUAUUUCUCCGCUACUUCAUCGCCCUCCAGCCUUGACCCUACUGAAGCUUUGUCAUCUUCCCACUGGGGUCCGGGGCUUAUUGGUAAACAAUUCACGUUGAACGAAACCAGCUACUACGAUCCUUUUACAAGUCCGCCAACUAACGGCAUCUACAAGAGACCAAACAUUUCGGAACUGCAACCUGUUACCAGGGCAACCACUAUUGGAACAAACUCGGGCACCAGUGCUUUGACAUUUGAGUUGACUGAAAAUGUAUCAUCGUUUUCACUGACUGGGCAGAAUACUACUGAAAUCCAGACACCUCUUCGGUUGCAAUUUGAAAUCCUGAAUAGAAAUUAUACAAAUUCAUUGACUGAUGUAUCUUCGGAAGGCUACAAGGUGAUGGAGACUCUUGUGAAAGGAACUCUGAAUGCCAUUUUCCAUGCUCGCUAUGGUGACAGCUUUCUUGGAAUCCAGGUGCUUGGCUUUAGGAAUGGGUCAGUUCUAGUUGAAUGUGCAGUGAUGUUCCAGGAGGAGAAUAAUUUGCCCACAGGUUCUGAUAUUGUUCGGACAAUGCUUACCUUCAUCUACCAUAAAGAUCUGAUUCCAAUUGAACUGGUAAUUGAUAUCAACUCCAUUGCUUGCAAUGGCUACAGUCUCUCAAAUCUCAAUCCUGAGAUGUUGCUUAUUGAAUUUACAGCCUUGAGCAUAGGAUUUGGCCCAUGGUCCAAUGAGCAAACGUUUCUACCUGGUGUGCUUCAGCUCUUGAGCAGAUGGGUUGUAACAAUCCUAGAAGAAGAGUAUGUGGUCCAAGAGUUUAAUAUCGGAACAGUUUUACCUGUCCAAGGUGAUGUGAAUAUUCAAGGGACUGCACUUCUGUCUACCCCAGUGCAUGUUGACAGUGUUGAGGUGUUGAUGCUGCUUAGUGAUCUCGUCAAUUCAUCGGUGGAUCUGAGAUCACUGAAGGUAAAUGGGUCUAGUAUGAACUUGGGGGCCCUUCCCAUUUCAUUUAAAAUUGAAAACCGAGAGUACAACACCACCCUCAGAGAUUCACGGUCUGCGUAUUUUUGCGCACUUGGCAAAGCGGUAACUGAAGCUUUGCAGACAAUCCUAAAGCCAAAAUACAGCCAUUUCGUCCAAGCAGUGAUAAAACAUUUUGGGCAUGGGUCUGUGAUCUCAACAAGUGAACUGGUAUUCUUAAAUACCCCCCCAGCAAGCCAUGAGGUGUUGGGUGUGUUCUUCAACUUGGUUAACUCGAAUGGUUUUCUGACGGGGACAGAUUUUAAAGUGGAUGCUUAUUCUUUCACUGUUGGUGAUGCAAGACUGGACAGACCGUAUAAACCCACUCACUUCCCUGGUUUUGCGAUUGUACUGAUAGUGUUGCUUGGCCUGGCAGUUGUCACCCUUCCAGUUCUGGCUUUUCUGUGUUGGAAAUACAGCUUGCUUACUGCCUGUCGAGAAGGCCAGAACUGGGAUGUGGAGCAGGAGAAUACGAGUCUGCAGUUGCCACUGCCUGAGAUGAAUCGCGAAAGUUACAGACUCCACGAAGUGCAUGCCAAUUAUUCAUUUGAGUCUUGAAUAACUUCAGCAAAAUUCUGGAUGGCGAAGAUGGAACUAUGCUUGAUUUUUUUUUCCCAUUGGAGAAUUUGAUGAACUGGAAAUGGUAUCCUGGUUAAACCAAAGUCUGUCACAGUUCCCUGGUAUCUAUCUGAUCCUUCAGUGUGAAUUCUGGUCUCAGAAUCUGGGGGUUUUCCCUAAACCUUGUGGUGUCCCAUUUUUGAAUAGUUGCCAUUUAAUGAAAAGGAAGGCUUGGCCAUUGCAGUUUGAAUUGUUUUAGUUUCAUUGUUGCAAUGAAUUUAAAAUUGCAUAUUUUCCACCACCCCCCCCCGCCCCCCCCAGGACUUCCUGUGGUUUUGUUCUGCAAUUGAUGUUUGGGCUGAAUCAGUGGACUGAAUUUUAAUAUGGGCUUAAUUAGAUUUCUGGGCUCUAUCAAUUUUGUUUGGGUUUCAGUCAGUAUUCAAAGGUGAUUGUAACUGGCUUGGAAAAAGAAUACUGCCACUGAUAGUUGAAUGAGAAGAGAUUUUUUUCUUUGAGCCUUUCAGGUUAUUUCCAAAUAGGUUAUUUCCCAGCAGGUAUUAAAGUAAUCAUAGUUGAAAUAAUAGUGGUAUUGUUCCAGGUUUGUUGGAAAAAGUCAAAUCAAAUGAAUAUCUGGUAUUAACAAUCCCUGUGAAUGAUGCAUCAAUUACUUGUGUACAUCCACGUAGAUGAAUCGGUCCACAUCCUGUGGUCUGAAUAUUGACAAGACAUGCUUAUCAUUCGGGUAUCAGCGUGGUGUACUUGCACUUAGAAGUUGUUGCACUGGAUGGAAGCAUUGCCCAUAUUGCUAAGUUUUUCAGAGCAUUUGGUUUUCAUUAUCACAUUCAGGUAUACUUUGUGCACAAAUCUAAUUUGGGGCUUGACUGGUUGCCCCCAGAACAUUCCACAUUGCACAUAUGCUAAAUUCAAACAUCUACGAUUGACAACUUUCUGAACAAAGUCGGGAUGGAGUUAACUUGGUUGCACUUUAAAAAUGCUUAGAGCAAAUUAAACAAUGCUGGGGAAAUCCUCUGAAUUCCAGAUCAUUUCUGAGCAAUGAGGUAACUGGCUAGAAUGGUGCCAAAUGUUAUUAGGGCCCGGGCUUGGACCACUCAACCACCCAGCCAAUAGGUAUCAAUGGAAUCCUUUUCUAAUAUAGAUGUGUGCACUGACAUAAUUCUAGUGCAGUCCUUUCACACAGCACCACUGCAUUUCAAGCCCAGUGUCGUUCAGUGUUAAAUCCUGAAUCCGGGCAGGUAUGAAUCUAAUGGGAUUCAAACUGACUGCAUAAUGGCUCAUCUUUAUCUUGAGCAGGGUGUGUAGAAAUGAAGGGAUGUAAUCAUUGCUUAGAAUUACUGCAUGUGUUGCUACUUUGACAAAUAUUGUUACAUUGUUCUUUAUUGGCUAAACUGAUCACUGGUACAGAUGGUGGCAAUUUCAUGAGUUUAUCUGUGGUUCUAAAUUUGUUUGCUCAUGUACAGGGCGUAGUGAGGUUACUCAAGAUAAUUUUUAAGCUUUUAAUAAAAUAAACAUGAAAUUUGA